AUGCUGGUUUGCUUCAGACAGUACUCCUGGCUUUUCUUCCUGUCCCGGGGGGUGGUGGGCAUUGGCACUGCCAGCUACUCCACCACGGCGCCCACCGUCCUGGGAGACCUCUUCGCGAGGGACCAGCGAACCCGAGUGCUGGCCAUCUUCUACAUCUUUAUCCCUGUUGGAAGUGGUCUGGGUUACGUGCUGGGGUCGGCUGUGACGGAGCUGACUGGGAACUGGCGUUGGGCCCUCCGAAUCAUGCCCUGCCUGGAAGCCGUGGCCUUGAUCCUGCUUAUUGUCCUGGUUCCAGACCCACCCCGGGGAGCUGCUGAGAAGCAGGGGGUGGUGACCGUUGGGGGCCCAAGGAGCACCUGGUGUGAGGACGUCAGAUACCUGGGGAGAAACUGGAGUUUUGUGUGGUCGACCCUUGGAGUGACAGCCAUGGCCUUUGUCACUGGAGCUCUGGGCUUCUGGGCCCCCAAGUUUCUGUUUGAGGCCCGUGUGGUGCACGGGCAGCAGCUUCCCUGCUUUCGGGAGCCGUGCAACAGCCAGGACAGCCUGAUUUUUGGGGUACUGACUGUCGUGACUGGCCUUGUUGGGGUCAUCCUGGGAGCAGAGGUUUCAAGGAGAUACAAGAAAGUCAACCGGAGGGCUGAGCCCCUCAUCUGUGCCGCCAGCUUGCUAGCUGCAGCCCCCUGCCUCUACCUGGCUCUCAUCCUGGCCCCGACCACCUUCCUGGUCUCCUAUGUGUUCCUGGCCCUCGGGGAGCUGCUCCUGUCCUGCAACUGGGCCGUGGUUGCUGACAUCCUGCUGUCCGUGGUGGUACCCAGGUGCCGGGGGACAGCAGAGGCGCUUCAGAUCACAGUGGGCCACGUCCUGGGAGAUGCCGGCAGCCCCUACCUCACUGGACUUAUCUCCAGCGCCCUGCUGGCUGGGCGUCCCGACUCCUACCUGCAACGCUUCCUCAGCCUUCAACAGAGCUUCCUGUGCUGCGCCUUCAUUAUCGCCCUGGGUGGUGGCUGCUUCCUGCUGACUGCACUGCACCUGGAGAGAGACCAGGCCCAGGCCCGGCAGCCAGGCACAGGGAUCCCCGACAGCAAGGACGUGGACAGCGAGGCCAUGGAGAGCCAAUGCCUGCUUCCUAGCACAGAUGCCUCCCCAGAGGACCCCUGA